AUUCACAAAAAAGUUUCAAUCUUUCAAACUCCCUCCCACAAACCCAAUACAGAAAACAGAUUUCACUUGCCAAUCUUUUGCAGAGCAAAAUUUGAUUGUUUCAUUAGUUAAUGGGUGCCCUAGUGUUCUUGAUUUGGGGUUUUUGAAGAAAUGGGAAGUGGGUAUUGCAUCAUUGGGGCAAUUUGCUAGUUCUCCUAGGGUAAUUCGGAGCAUUCUCGAGUUUUCGAGGCGGUUUCGGAUUAACUCAGAUAGGUUUUCUAGUUGUGUACAGAUUUUGAAGGGUUUAGGGUUUAGUGAUGGUACCAUAAUUAGGGUUUUAGAGGGUUUUCCUGAGGUAGUUAUGAUUAAUGAGAGUGAACUUUGGAAGAGGAUAGACUUUUGGAUUAUGAUUGGUUUUGAAAAAGGUGACAUUGAUAGGAUUUAUCAUUCUUUUUCAGGAGUUUUAGGGUUUCAGGUAAAGAAUAGGUUGAAGCCUCUGAUGAAUGAGUUCUUGGACAUGGGGUUUGGAAGGCGGUGUGUUAGAGAAGAGAUCAUUAAAGAACCAAGAAUUCUAAGUUUGGAGCUUGGGGAGCUGCGGCGGUGCUUAGAGUUGCUUCAGAAGCUGAGGUGUCGAGAAUCAAUUAAAGAGAAGAUAUUCAGUGAGGGGGAGAUCAAAGCCGGAUUUGCUGUUAAAUUGAGAAUUGAUUGCUUAUGUAGAUAUGGGUUGAUCCGAAGAGAUGCUCUGAACAUAUUAAAAAGAGAGCCAAGGUCAAUAAUAUAUGACAUUGAGGACAUUGAAAGUAAAAUUGAGUUUCUUUUGGAUAGGAUGAAAUUUGAUGUUGAAUGUUUGAUGGAGGUCCCCGAGUAUUUGGGGGUGAAUUUUGAUAAACAGAUUGUUCCUCGGCACAAUGUGAUUGAGUAUUUGAGGUCAAUAGGUGGGCUUGGUUUUGAGUUAGGAUUGAGGGAUAUUAUAAAGCCUACUAGGGUUCGAUUCUACAACCUUUAUGUAAAGCCAUAUCCUGAAUGUGAAAAGAUGUAUGGCAGGUUUUCUGAAUAUGUUGAAAAGAAGACCCGGCAUCCUGUUGGACUGUGGCAACAAUUCAAGCCUCCAAAAUGCCCAGAAUUGAAACAAGAUUUGAAGAAUGUGAAAUCAUUCACUGAAUUAUUGGUUUGACGUAGAAGCCUUGAUUUGUUUCAUGAUCACCCAUUCUCUGAUCAUAUUUUGAUCUCCUGUGGAGUCUAAGCCUAAGUUAGUUAGGUUCUGAUACUUCCAUAAGGCCUUGGAAUGUAUGGUUCUCGGCCAGAGAUAGAGUGUCUUAUGCAGAUAACUCGAGUAAUAUACAAUGAGAUUGGUGCUGUAUACGUGGAGAUCAAUGAAUUGUUCCAAUUUCUGGUUUGCUGUUUAAGGUCAGGGAAGUUGGUAUCCUUUGGCACUGUUGUUGCUGUCUGGCCUGAAUCUAUGCAGCUGCUAUCUCUUUGUUAGAGUUUGCCUGAAAUAAGAAAUGAUUGAGCAUCUUCAGCAUAUGUUUGCAUAAAUCAAAGCCAAUGAGACAUGAAAAACAUGGAUGCCAUUUGCUGAAAUUUUCAUGCAAAAGAAAAUUCUGAAAAGUCUCAUCUGUCUCAUGUAAGAUGUUGGGUGUAUGAUGCUCAGUCUGAGGGGAAGAAUUUAUUUGCUAAUAAAUAGAGCGACUACUGAAUGCAGAGUAAGGAAUUAAGGAUGGUAUUACAUUCACUUGAAAAUCCACGAAGGAUAUGGAUUCCGGAUUGCUAUUGGAUUAUAUUUUUCAACUGCUAGCCAUUGCAUCAGCUAUUGAUGUCCAACUCCAACCUCUAGUCUGCAAUGUUGAUCUCUCCUCGUUACUUGAGCAUAACAUGUAAAAAGGUCAAAUACCUGGAAAAUUAGUUCGGGCAAGUUGCUUUAUUCUUUGCUAUUGGCCUACUUGUACUUUCACUAAUAGUUUAAUCAGUAGCCAAUUUAUGUACCAA